CUCCAGACACGUGACCCGGAGUGCAGGUCAGCUGACCUUGACGGCCGUGAACGUCCUUUGUUGCUGUGUGGAGUGUGCAGUCAUGUCUUCUCUCAGGGUGACCAGGGUGCUACAACACCUCACUAAACAAGGCUGGAGAGCCCAGUCCACGGCCCCCCACACUGCCGCCUCUGCCUCCCCCGCCUCCCAUCCUGGCUUCAGCUUUGAGCUCAGCGAGCAGCAGAAAGAGUUUCAGGCUACAGCCCGGAAAUUUGCCAGGGAAGAGGUCGUUCCAGCAGCCGCUGAUUAUGACAAAAGCGGGGAGUAUCCGGUUCCCCUCAUCAAGAGGGCCUGGGAACUUGGUCUGAUGAACGGACAUAUUCCAGAAAGCUGCGGUGGCCUGAACCUUGGCAUCUUUGACACCUGUCUAAUUACUGAGGAAAUUGCCUAUGGAUGUACUGGUAUUCAGACCGCCAUAGAGGCCAACUCCCUGGGGCAAAUGCCAGUGAUCAUAGCCGGCAAUGAGGCGCAGCAGAAGAAGUACCUGGGAAGAAUGACAGAAGAACCUUUGAUGUGUGCCUACUGUGUAACUGAACCUGGAGCUGGUUCAGAUGUGGCCGGCUUGAAGACCAGAGCAGAGAAGAAGGGCGAUGAGUACAUCAUCAAUGGACAGAAGAUGUGGAUCACCAAUGGGGGCAAAGCUAACUGGUAUUUUCUUUUGGCACGGACUAAUCCUGACCCCAAAUCCUCAACAGGAAGGGCAUUUACUGGAUUUAUUGUAGAUGCUGACGCUCCUGGAGUACAGAUUGGAAGAAAGGAGAUGAACAUGGGUCAGCGAUGCUCAGACACCAGGGGCAUUGUGUUUGAGGACGUCAGAGUUCCCGCUGAGAAUGUCCUGAUUGGGGAAGGGGCCGGGUUUAAGAUCGCAAUGGGGGCCUUUGAUAAGACCAGACCACCAGUGGCUGCCGGUGCUGUCGGUCUCGCCCAGAGAGCUCUGGAUGAAGCCACUAAAUACGCGAUGGAGAGGAAGACAUUUGGAAAAGUCCUUGCUGAGCAUCAAGCUGUCUCAUUCAUGCUUGCCGAGAUGGCCAUGAAGGUGGAACUGGCUCGCCUGGCAUACCAGAGAGCAGCCUGGGAAGUGGAUGCAGGCAGAAGGAACACCUACUACGCCUCCAUCGCCAAGGCUUUUGCCGGAGACAUCGCCAAUCAGGUGGCUUCAGACGCUGUGCAGAUUUUCGGUGGCAAUGGCUUUAACAGUGACUACCCUGUGGAGAAGCUAAUGAGGGAUGCCAAAAUAUACCAGAUCUAUGAAGGCACAGCCCAGAUCCAGAGACUCAUCAUCUCUCGUGAACUUUUUAGCAAGUACAAUAAGUGAAGAUCUAUCGGACUGCGUACCUCCGAUGACCCCCCACAGUGACGAUUGAUAACCUAGCAUCUGCCUUAAUUACACGUUUGAUCACCGCUGUCCUGGAAACUGUUGGCUAUUCUGAAUUUGCACUCAGGAUUGUAUCGUUUUAUGGUUACUUACAGAGAGAGGCUUUUUGUAAAGUUUUUGUAAUCACUGUUUAAUAUCAGUUUAUGAAUUUUAAAAACUUUGAACUGUCCAAAACCUAUGUUUUAUAUUUUUGUUGUUUAAAGUUUCUUGACUAAAUAUUAAUCCAUCCAAAAAAAAAUAAACAGUUCAGAAUGGUGAUAUAGCAGUUAAAAUGACACUGGUUAUGUAAUCAUAAAGUGUAUCUAAACCAAAGAACAUAAAGUUAAUACAUUGCUGCUUACCAGUU